AUGACCGAGGACGAGGCGGGCAAGGUCAUCGACGAGAUCGCGACGGACGUGCUGCCCGGACGCGGCCAGAGCCUCCGCAUGGCGCUCGCGGACAUCAACAAGGAGCUGAAGAAGAUGGACCUCGAGGUGCGCGGCUACUACACGGGCAAGAAGGUCAAGGACGACCAGGGCGACGCGCACGACGAGAAGGUGCUCGCGCUCAUCAACCUCGUGAGCGACGACGUCGCCAAGGUCGAGGGCGGCCGCCUCACGCCCGACGAGGUCAAGCUCUUCACGAAGAUGCUCGCGCGCAUCGCCGCCGGCGAGGACCACGAGGUGCCCAUCGACGUCCUCCGCGACGACAAGGGCAAGCUCACGAACCCGCAGUUCGCGGAGUUCGCCAAGUCGCUCGUCGACGCGCGAUGGCUCGCCAAGGCGCCCGACGACGACGUCGUGUCCUACGGCCCGCGGUCCUACCUCGAGCUCGCGGACAUCAUCCGCGAGCACGGCGUCGAGGUGCCCCAGAUGAUCACCUACUGA